CCAACUGCUCCCAGUCUCUGAUCUCUGACCUCCCAUGGCUAAUGCAGCUGCAACCCGGCUCAGCGGGCCGGUCUUGCCAAUUCCCAACUAUGGAUCCGCCUCCCCUAAUCGCGUUAACCUCCCCGCCGUCCGCUCGCCCGCCAACUCUGUCAGCGUCUCGUCACCGCCUGCGUCUUCCGCCGCCGUCAAGAGCCGUCGCUCCUGCAUGUGUUCACCCACGAAUCAUCCGGGAUCCUUCCGCUGCAGCCGCCACAAGGAACGCUCGCAGGAGGCCCCGGCCGGCCACAUCCACAGCAAGAAGCCCGCCACUCCGCCUUCUCCGCCACCAUCCGCCGUCGUCCCGACCAGCUCCGGCGCGGGUAGCCGUUUGUUGGUCCGCAGGGCGCUCUCACCGCCCCAGAAGUCGCUUCACCAGAGACGCGCCGCCGGCGGGUUUCGCCCCCGCCCCCAGCCCAGCCGUCUCUCGAGCGUCUCCUUUUCCGGCGACAGCCGCCAGUGAACCAACCAACAGCGUCGACAUGCCAUAGCAGCGAGUUACUCGUACAUAGUACAUACUGUGCAUAGGAAACAAAACCGGGGAGAAAUUCCCCUAAUAAUUCACCGCUGUAAAUAAUAGAAGCCGGUGGGAUCAGGCUGGGAGACUGGAGUUUUGGAGCCAAUCGGUCCUGGCUCUGAUCAUCAGCCUGUCCAGUGUACAUAGUACAUACAUACAUACUGCCACUGUAUAUAGAGAUUGUAUAGCCCGUCGUCCUCUACGAUGUGUAUAAGGCCCCUAUGGUUUUGGAUAUGUAUACAUGAGUGACUAAAUGGA